GACUGUUUUGUGUGUGGUGCGGUGAGAAAACUGAAAAGAGAAGAAGCACAGGCAGCCAGCAGCCAGCUCAAGCAAAAAGCAGAGAAAAAAAAAGAGACUAGCAGCAGUGUAUUAAUGGAAACGCCGUUCUUUUUAAUGGCUGCCUGAAAAUUUGGACUGAAAUCGGUGUGAAAAAGUGGUUAAAUCAGUGCUGAAUCAUGUUCUAGACAGUGAAAAACGUGCGAAAUAGUGAGUCAGUGAAGUGUACGAUCGAAUCCAGGUGUUUUCCGACCCCUAGGUGGUCUGUUUCGAGAUUUUCAACCUACCGUCUAGGAUGUAUUCUGCAGUACAAUAGUCAGCAGCUGCAUUCCAACAAUGGAAGGUGCCAAUGGCAAUCAUCCGCCACCCAUCCCCGGGGCUGGUGAUAUAAAACCGGAUGGCAAUGGCGGAGUUGGGCCUCCUUCGGCCUCCCCAGGGAUGCCUCCGAUGCAUCCAUCCGGUUAUCAACACUACGGUUACGGUGCACCGCCACCGCCAGCGAUGAUGGACCACCACGGCAAGGAUCCAUACUACCAUCAUGCCGCGGCAGCCCGGCACUACGAUCCGUAUUCCAUGCAUGGUCCAUACCACUCAUAUCAACAUCCCUACCACCAUCAGGCUCCCUAUGGGAGUCACUCGUACCACCAUCAAGCACCAUCAGGUUACCCCCAUACUGCGGGGAUGAUGCCACCCGGAGGUCCACCAGCUUCCUCCUAUCCGGGAUUUCCCGGCCACAGCCAAAACACAACGAUUCCUAUCCCAGCAGUUCCUCCGGCAAUAGCUGCUCAAAAGUCGCCGGAGAAACCGCCAGGUACUAGCAAACCGGAACCGAUCACACCGAUUCGGGACGACAAAAACAUGCUCAUCGGUCCUACGAUUUCAUCCGCAGGACAUGACGUCACCGACAGUGUCGCGUCCGGAAUUCCUCCCAAGCGCAAGAUCGAAAUUCUGGACAAUGUAUUGAUCAAAAAGUCCAAGCAGGAACUGGAGGCAGAAAAGCGUGAAACCUAUCCGCUUCCGGUGACAGAAACGGCCACCGGGCCGGUUCAACCAACACCAUUGCCAGCGCCGCCAACACCAUCACCACCUCCGCCACCGCCGGCACCACCCAGUGUUAAUACCGACUCCAGUAAAUCGUCCUUUCAAAUUUCUAACAUUUUGGAAGAUAAACCGAAAGUGGAACCACCCCCAUCGGUUGAGGAACCAACUCCCGAAGCGGAAACUGUCCCGGUCGAACAGCAGGACUCGGCUUCUCCACCCGAGGAGAAGCAACCAUCCGAGGAGAGCAAGGAAGAACCGAUAAUCGAAAAGGAAGCGGAUAAAAAUGAUCCACUAGCGCUUCCGCCGAACACGGAAGAAGACGAACCAGCCACAUCGACAACUCCACCAUUGCCGCCACUACCGCCGUCGCCACGGUCUCCGCCGCCACCACCACCACCACCACCACAACAGCAAAUGGAUUUUGACAUUUCCGAGAAGCUGAAGGAAAUGGGCGAGAUCAGCGUCAAACCGGUGUCCAAAUCGGACGCAUCGAACGCUAGUAAGGCGAAAGAGCUGGAAUGUACGGAGGAGAUUUCGCUGGAAAUCACCAAGAAGGACGCCGCGAUGAGGAAGGUCACCAAUAUGCGGAAGAACAUCAAAGAGGUGAUGGAUGAUAAUCAGCUGGAUGCGUCGACACUGGCUGCCCAGCGGCAGGAGUUGGAACGUUUAGCUAGGGUACAAGAACAGCAGCGGAUCAUACGGGAGGUUCAGCGGCAGCUGGCAUUGGAACGGCAGACGAACAAGACGGAGCAGAAAGUGAUGCAGUUUCUGCAGGGCCAUGCUUCAAUUCUGAAGACGCAGCAACCGGGAACAUCGACGCCGGUGAAGGUGGGUUACGUAAAGAAUCCGUUCGAAACGAGAGGACGCCCGCCGAAGGCCCGUCCGAUACAGGCCAAUUUGACUCCUUCGGUGAGUAUUGCACCGGUAAAGGCUUCGGGAGCGACAGCAGUCGGAGCAUCAUCUGCAUCACUAGCAGGUCUUAUGCCGUCGAUCCCGAUGAGGCCGUUCGAUGAUGUGAUGGAUAGCGACGAGGAUCUAGAUGAUGAGGAUGAUGAGGAUGAGGACAGCGAAGCGGAGUUCAUACCGACUCCGGAGAAGAAAGAAGUGGUCACGAUUGAUAGCUCCUCGGACGAUGAUUGCAUUGUGCUGUCCGAUGACGACGAAGAACCGGAGGAUGACUCGGACGAUGAUCCGCAAAACAGUGGAAUGCACGUGAACGAUACCUACAACGUUCCGGAUGAUAAGGGACGCGUAAUAAUCAACGUCGGUCACACCGAAAGCGAAGAGGACAUAUUUCUGGCACCGCAGAUUUCCCGAAUCAUCAAACCGCAUCAGAUCGGGGGUGUGCGAUUCUUGUUUGAUAACAUAAUCGAGUCGAUUGAGCGGUACGACACGAGCACAGGAUUCGGCUGCAUCUUGGCCCACUCGAUGGGCUUAGGGAAGACACUGCAGCUGGUUUGCUUCUGUGAUAUAUUUUUAAGGCAUACCAGCUCGAAGACGGUGCUGAUUAUAAUGCCAAUCAAUACGCUGCAGAACUGGUUGAACGAGUUCAACACCUGGCUGCCGGCGGACCCGGAAAAUACCCCUUUGAAAAAUCACGGCGAAGUGCGCCCUAGGAACUUUAAGAUCUUCAUACUGAACGAUAGCCACAAGACGCUCAAGUCAAGGGCGAAGGUCGUCUUGGAGUGGGCUAAGAUCGGGGGAGUUUUGCUGAUUGGCUACGAGAUGUAUCGGCUGUUGAGUCAGAAGAAGAUGACAAAAAAGAAAAAGAAAAAGAAGAACGAACCGGCUGUCGUAGAGCAGGAGAAAGAGUCUACGGAAGAUCAGAAGAAUAUGUUCGAUGAAAUCCAUGAAGCGUUGGUCAAACCUGGUCCGGAUCUGGUGGUUUGCGAUGAAGGCCAUAGGAUUAAGAAUUCCCAUGCGGGUAUUUCGGUUGCUCUGAAGCAAAUCAAGUCCAAACGGAGAGUAGUUCUAACCGGAUAUCCGUUGCAGAACAAUCUACUGGAGUACUGGUGCAUGGUGGAUUUUGUCCGACCCAAUUACCUGGGAACGAAGACCGAGUUUAGCAACAUGUUUGAACGACCCAUCCAAAACGGUCAGUGUAUAGACUCUACCCCGCAGGAUAUAAAGCUGAUGCGUUACAGAGCUCACGUUCUGCACUCUUUACUGCUGGGUUUCGUUCAGAGACGGUCCCACGCAGUUCUACAAACAUCGCUACCACAGAAAGAAGAAUUCGUACUCCUAAUACGCAUGACGGAAUUCCAACGAAAGUUGUACACGGUUUUUAUGAACGAAGUUGUCCGGACCAAGGCCGUUCCAAAUCCUUUGAAGGCGUUCGCCGUUUGCUGCAAAAUUUGGAACCAUCCGGAUGUGUUGUACAAUUUCCUGAAGCAAAGCGAGCGUGACUUGGAUCUGGAAAUCGAAGAAGCUGAACCGGCUCCAAUAAUCAAAACUGAAAACCCGUUAGUGUCUCCUCCACCAGAGCUACCAGCACCACCUCCGCCUCCUCCUCCUCCUCCUGUUCCUGCUCCUACUCCUACUCCUACUCCUCCAGUGGAAGAAAAAAAGGUGGAAAAGGAAAAGAAGAAACCUGGUAAGAAGCCCGCUGCUCCCAAGCCUCCCAAACCGCUGGCUCUUAAGAAGGAUGGAACUCCUCGCAAGCCAAGGACAACCAAGAAGCAACAGCAGGCUCUCAAGAGUCAACAAGCUGUCGGUAAGGAUGGAAAAAUGGUUCCCGCUGCUACCGUUAGUCCAAGCACAUUGAACAAGGAUCCAGCCCCAGCGGAAAUCCCGCCACAAAUUCCUGCUGUAAUCCCCGUUGAUCCAACAGUCGUCAAACAAGAGUAUCCUACAGACGAUAGCUAUUCUCAGCAGGUACCACCGGCUCCUCAACAACAGCAACAACAACAGGGGGUAUAUCCGGGAUAUCAAAGCCAAGGCUACCAGCAACAAGCACCCCCUCCAGGGGCCCCUUACAAUUACAACCAGGGUAGUUAUAAUCAGGAACCGAACGGCUACAACAACUACAACAACCAGUAUGGAUCUAAUGACCCGUACAACAACGGCAACUACGGUAACAACUACUACGGGCGUAACGACUACAACUACAACCAAGGCUACGGUUACGGAUAUGACCAAAACUAUCAAAAUAACUACGGAAACGGUAACAACUAUCAGAACAACUACUGGGGCAACAACAACUACUAUCAACAACAACAACAACAACAACAACAGCAGCAGCAGCAACAACCCCAACAGCAACAACCACCACCAUCGCAGAACAACUCCUACAACAAUGGCUAUUAUGGCAAUAGCAACCAGUACGGCGGCUAUCCAGAUCAGCAGCAACAACAGCAGUACAACAAUCAGUACGAGCAAAAGUGGGAUCCGAAUCAGACUACGGCACCACCUCCACCAGUCGUUGAUCCGACCCAAGCUGCCGUCGGCUAUCCGACUAACAGUACACAAGAUCCGAUGACGGCAGCAGCACCGCCACAACCGAUGGAUCCAGCAAUCACGCAGCAGCAAGCGAAUGCCCAGUAUGCGGAUCAACCGUCGCUAGAAGACCUGAAGGAUCCAGUCAAACCGUUGGUGCUGGAGGUGAAAGAGGAAAAGCCCUCGGAAAUUGUCGACAUGGACACCAAGAUCAUCACUAAGGUCGAGGAAGAUGUAAAACCCCCACCGAUGGUAGAGAUAAAACAGGAAAUCAAAAGCGAAGUGAAGGAUGAAGUGGAAGAAAUGAAAGGGAUUGUAGAAAAUGGAGAAGAGAAGGCAGUUGAGGUGAAGGUGGAAGUGAAAGAAGAAACUAAACAGGAAGAGGUUGUGAAGAUGGAACCAUCAGACGAAGAAGUGAAAAAGGAAAUUGAAGAAAAAGUGCUGGUUGAGAAGAAGGAAGAAGGCGAAGAAAAGAAACCCAGUAAAGUGAAGCAAGAAAUCGACGAGGACAAGCUUAAAGAAGAACUGCUCAAGAUUGAGGAUGAGUUGAAGGCGAAGGAACCGAAGGAAGUUACUGGUGGUGCUAAGGAUGGUAAGACCAAGGAUAAGGACGAAAUUCCGUACGAGUGGGCAUUCGAGCUGAUGAAGGGAUACGUCCCGGAUCUGCUGGAGAGCUCGUCGAAGAUGGAGAUCUUUUUCUACAUCCUCGAGGAGAGCAUCAAGCUGGGCGAUCGGAUGUUGGUGUUCAGCCAGAGCCUGCUGACGCUUAAUUUGAUCGAGCGGUUCCUGCAGCGCAGCAAGAUUCCCGGAACGGAGAACAAGUGGGCGAAGAAUACGAGCUACUAUCGCUUGGACGGCUCGACAACGGCUCAGGAGCGCGAGAAGCUAAUCAACGAGUUCAACUCGAACCCGAACAUCCACCUGUUUCUGGUGUCGACCCGCGCUGGUUCGCUGGGUAUCAAUCUGGUCGGUGCAAAUCGGGUGGUCGUUUUCGACGCCAGCUGGAAUCCCUGCCACGACACGCAGGCCGUCUGUCGGGUCUAUCGAUACGGGCAGAAGAAGCCGUGCUUCGUCUAUCGGCUGGUGGUCGAUAACUGUUUGGAGAAGAAGAUCUACGAUCGACAGAUCAACAAGCAGGGCAUGAGCGAUCGCAUCGUGGACGAGUGCAACCCGGAUGCGCAUUUGUCGAUGAAGGAAGUGACCAGCUUGUGCUACGAUGAUGGGGAGGACGGGGAGGUUAAGGAUUUUAGCGACGAUAAGGAUAAAUUCAUCGAUGUGGUUAUGCAGCAUCUAUUGGAGCUUUACUCGAAGAAGCUUACAAAAUCACCGUUUGCACAUGAAAGUUUGCUGAUCGAUCGGAAGGAGAAGAAACUUUCGUCGGCUGAGAAGAGACAAGCUCAGCGCGGAUACGAACUGGAGAAGCAAGCGGCUACAAAGCCGAGCUAUUCGUACACAUCGAUGGGCACGACGUACAGGGCGAUUAGGACUCCGGAUGGAUCGAUCAUUCAUCGACCUGUCGCUUCGGUUCGACCUAUGCAGGCCGGUGAUGCUGGUAAGAAUUCGAUUGGAGGCAAUAGACCUACCAGGUGGAUACCGGCCGAAGUUUGGCAGCGACAGGGAAUGACAGCGCAGGAGAUGACUCUUCCUAUCGAUGUGGUCAUUCCGACUAGUUCCGCGGACAAAUCCAACAUCGUCCUGAAGGCAGGUCAGAAGGUGAUGGUACUGAAAUCACCUAAAGGAAUCUACAUGCAACUGGAAACGGGCAAGAUCAUUGCCAUCCGGACUGCUUUCAAGGUCGGUCAAAGUAAGGAUGCUGCAGCUGCUGGCAAGGGUGCUAACAUUCCGGUUUCUGCAACGGCAGCCGGACGUAGGGCGAGUGUUACGUCGACUGCUACGAAGGCUUCUACCGGUACUUCGAAGGAUGAAGGCAAUUCCCUGAGCAUACCGUCCAAUUCGGACGAUGAGGAUAAGUCGGAUUCCAGCAUAGUUCCACUUGAUCCGGAUGAUAAAGAGCCCAUGACCGUGGACGACUAUCCUGAGAAGGGGGAAAUUUUAGAUUGCGAUAUGAAGAGCGAUGAACUGGAAGAGGGCGAGAUAAGAGAUGGUUUAGUGGGUGGUAAGGGAGGUACUGUUUCCCUGUUGAAUAUCCCUGCAUUCACGAAUGCUUCGUCGGGACCUUCCAAAGAUAAAGCUACAAAAUUCCCUAUGAUCCAGUCGGCAUACUCUAUGGCACCGCAAGCACAAGAAGGUCGUACUAAUGUUCCUAAACAAACUAAGCAGCGGCAACAGCAAACGCCACCUGCUACGGUAACAAUAGACGAUGAAAUUCCACCCUUGCGGGAGAAGGUCGUGUACAAACCGAAUCUCGUUGAGAGGAAAUCCAAAGUUCCUCCUUCUUCACUUAAGAACUACAGGCACAAAGCCGGCAAAGCUCCAGAACCUGCUACUGUGACGACUCCUACCAAGUCGAUUCCGGAAGAGCAAGCACCCAAUAGUGCACCUGUUGUUUCAAUGAAAUCUCAAAGUCCAGGCAAUGUUCCUGCGCCGCAAGUACCAUUAUCACCAGCAAGUCAAGAUCAAGCACAACCCUUCCCAGCAAUGAGUGGUCGUCAAAUGCCUCCAAAUCCGCAACAAUCACCCCAGCAAAUCGUAACAUCUCCUCAGCAACAACAGUUUCACCAAUCAUCCGGCUAUCCUCCUCAGCCGCAUCAACAAUCGCCCUUUGGUGUGCCAAAUCCGAACACUGCCACCGGCAAGAGUCCCAUCCUGCAUCAACCGCAACAUAUGCAUUCGUCUACCUAUGGACCACACAAACACCAACAACCGACACAACCAUCCACGUGGAACCCCUACACCAGCAGCAAUCCAUCUUCAACAUUCUACGGUCAACAGUCGCAUGUUCCUCCUCCCCCACCACCUUCCCAGUACGAAUCCAGUCUCAAUUUUCUGGAGAAAACCACCUCUGCCCUCAUCAACAACCAAAACCAGAGCGAAUUCCAAACCUCCCUCAGCAACAUUACCCGCUCUCCGACGCCCACCGACAACUUCAUGGAGUUUCAACCGAAGCCGACCGCUUCCGGGAAGAAAUCCGCCUCCAAAAAGCCGCCUAAACAGCCGAAGAACGACUACAACGCGGCCAAGAAGGCGCUCAACAAACGCAACAAUCCCUCGCCCUACCUUCCUGUGUCGUGCUCCUCAGCAUCGUCAUCCCCUUCCCCAUCCCCUGCGGUCAUGAACCACAAUCAAAAUAGUAACAGCAGCUCCCUCAGUGGAACGCCUACUCCAGUUCCACAAGCACAGCAGCUUAACGCCGGUUCGGGUUCCCACGCGGGAAACGCUGGCUAUUACGAUCAGUAUUCACAACAACAACAACAACAACAACUACCAAUGCAUCAACCAGUGCCACCGACCAUGAUGGCUUCCGCAGGUCCGACACCAGCACCAGCUGCAGCCGGAUCGGCGAUGUACGAUGGUGUGGCGAUGGGACAGCAACCGUACGGCGGAUUGCCGGCACCGGUUUCGUCGGCCUACGGUGGUUCAUCGUACGCAUCUAGUAACAGCACAAAUACAUCUGUGAAUCGUUCCAACUACUACCAAUCGCCACCGGCAUCGGUAUCAACGGCUACCACCGUCAUGUCCUCGUCAACGGUUCCAACCGAUUCAUCUAGCUAUUACCAUCAACAGCAAUCUACAGCGACGCCGCAGGUGACAUCCCAGCAUCACCAGGUAAGAAGCCAUUCCCGUGGAUCUUCGUCUCACAGCUACGUUCCUCCGCCACAACCAGCGGUAUCAGCAACAACACAUACGCAAAACCAGCACCAUCAGCAUCCGUCGCAGUCGCAAAAUUACCAAACUACAACUCCGACGGUUGGUGCUAAUGCAGCGGAUACGGUUCCCAGCUACCAACAGCAGCCAGCUUCGGCUGGUCCUCCCACUUUCACUCCUUACUCCUCCUACACCAGUACGGCCCCGAGCGGUACACCCACCACUACCCAGGCGGUAAGUUCCAAUGGGUCAGCUUUCCAUCGCCCGGAAAGUGCUGCUCCCGUGGCCAAUGCCAGCGGCACCCCAGCAGCCAAUAAUUUUGAAACCCCGCCGACCUACAUCCCCGAAAACGGCACCAAUCCCUAUCAGUAUCCCUACCAAGCGCAGGGUUAUCAAGCCCAAGGCUACUAUCCACCUCCGUCAUAUCCCUACUAUCCAGCGACGGGUGCUCCCUAUUCGCCCGGCGACUCCCAGUACCACUCGUACCCUCCGCCGCCGCCACCUUCCAACUACAACUAUCCCCCGUAUCCUAGUCAACCCGGUGUCGGACAGUGGCAGUAGGAAUUGUGCGAUAGCUAAAAGAAAAAAAAAACGCAGAAUCUACAGGAAUAUCUGCUCUCUGCACGGCUGAUAGUUCUCAUUUUAUUUUUGAGAAAAUCUUUCAACUUCUUCCUGUUCCUUUUAUGAUCAAAGUGAAAUGAAAUGUUUACUGAGUAAAACAUUAACCCAGAAUGCAUAUAGAUACAGCUGAAUGUGUAAGAUGCUCUCUAUUUUUUUUAUAAUUGAAACUUUCCAAGUGAAUUAGGUUUUAUUUUUCGUAGAAAUUUAUUUCUAAUUUUUUUUAUGAAUAAACCACACGUUCCUAAACUGAAUUAAAAUGCAAACUGAAACAUAACGGAAGAAAAUUUCGAAACUAGCUUCAAAGUAGCGGCGCGUAGCGAUUGGUAAUAGAAAUAUCACUGACUAAACCACUGCAUUGCAUUGAUCGGAGGACAUCAACUACUAACUACUACAGUAGUAGCCUACAAACAAGAUUGAGCAUUUUACCUUAAACAGUAAUUCUACCAGUAGUGAACUUAAGAGAAAAAACAAGAAAUACGGUUACUGAAUGAAUUAUUUGCUAGGGGGUGUCAUUCGAAUUGGUGAUUUGGAAUGCUUGACCGGAUUUCGGAGUACUUCUUAGGUUAUGAAUCAUUAUUUGGGGGGAGACUGGUCAGAGUUGGAUCGUUAUUCGCCGUCGGCGAACCCCUUGUACGAUACCGUCAGUUACACUGAGAGAAGUUUUCAUUUUGUUUCGAUUUGAAUUGAUUAUAUUUAUCUUUUCUGGUCAUGAAACUAAUGAUAUUUAUCUGCUUUUUACAGAUCAUGCAUGUGAAUGUUCAUGAUAAUAAUUUUUUUGGAUAUAUAUUUGGUCUGAUUUUGUCAUACAAAUCCAGAAGAACACGUACUUGUAGAGGGUUAAUCUGCGAAUUGAGUGUCGUGAGAAGGCUAAUAUCAUUCGAACGGUCACUCGUUUAGGCUAACCCCCCAGUAAAUGGUGAUGGAUCGAAGAGUGAAUUCUUGAAGCUAAUGGUUGAAUUCCUUAUAAGUUCUGAAAAACUAUCUUUUUUUUCAAAUUUCAUCCGCGUUCACAUUCCAAUUUGGUCAAGCAAUGUCAAAACUAAUUUUGCAUUUCUUCAUUCGUAAAAAAAAACUUAGUCAUUCGAAAUUCAAUCAAUCAAUCAGACUUAUGUUGUCAAAUCAGUUGAUUGUGGCUUCAAAUAAGUAGAUAAAUAUGAGAAAAAUCCACGAGAAAGUCGUCCUAUCUCGAAACAGUGCAAUCUAUUUUUGUUGAUUUUCAGUUGUCUGUAUGUGAGUUUUAUUUACCGCUGUUUAUAGAUUUUUUUUUAUAAAAAGAUGUUUAUAUAAAAAUGCCAACUUAGGUCUUGUGCUGGAAGGUAUUUAGCACAAUAAAUGAUUUAACAAAUAAAGUAUAUAGAAAGUUGACAAAAUCGCUAAUAAUCGACUGCUUGGAGAAAGUAAAUUAUACAAGACAAAUAUUACAAUUUACGAAAAUGCUUCAAAGUAGUGCAACUGAAAAAAAAAUCCUACUCCUUUUCGAUCAAGAAAACCGAUAUAGCCAAACAGCAGUGAGUGUUCUAUCCAACCACAUUUUACCUAUAUCCUUGCAUGAACAACAGUGUAAAAAAAAACAGCAGUGUUUAGCAUUUCUUGACUUACGAUUAUUUAUUACCAACCAACUCUCCGACGUUUGAACUGCUAUCCAGCCAGGAAGCAACGCAUUUAAACUAUCAAGUCGUUUUUAAGCAACAUAGAAAAAAAACUAACCUAGAAAUAUUGCUGAAUGUGAAAAAACACAAGCAAGCAAGCAAAGAUAAACGUUAUCGUCGUUUAGAAUCAAAUUUCAACUAUCAAUUAGUAUUACAUCUACCAAACAGACAAAACAAUACACAUACAAACACACACACACAUAAACACACUACUCCAGUUUAGCAUAUUUAGCAUAUUUAAUAGUAGCAACAACGAUCGGUCCCUGCACCCUCCUCUUUCAGGGGCGGUUUGGGGAUUUCCGGUAGGAUAUAUGAAUUCAUUCAAAGUGUUAGGGUAUCGUCUCUCGGUUUUUUCGAAGCUUGUACAAAAUGAUUUCUUUUUUUUUUGUCCACGGAAGAAACGUCGUCGCAUUCUGUUCAGAAAUCGGUUAGGAUUGUCCCGUUUACUCGCGAUCGUUUCGUUUGUAGAAAAUUUGUUCCAGGUACCGUGUAGUUUUUGUAUGAUAAAUGGAAAAUCAAAUCAGAAGAUGAGUCAAAUGUUUCUUCCUUUUACUUAAUUGGAUCGUUUCGCCCCUCCACCCACGCAAGUCUAAGCUAGUAGAGUAGGUAUGUAUUUAAUGUUGAGUAACUACUGUAGGGAAGCGAACUGUAAACGAGUUGUGUUUUAUGGAGAGGGAAAAACGCGUGGAGGGGGUAGAGCCUAGACUCUGCUCCCGAAGGAAUGUCCGUGUGUCAUGUGGGUCUAGCAAGUGGUAUGAUUAUUUUAAUCAUUAACUGAUAUCGACUAUGAUAAUAUUAACACGAUACUAGAGUAAUGUAUGAAUCGUAAUACAAAGUAUUUGAAAAAUUA